AUAAUAAUAAUAAUAAUAGUAAUAAUAGUUAUAAUAAAUAUUAAGUUUCACACUGGAAGAAAAACAAAUGAUGAUUGCCAAAAAUGGAUGAUUUCACCCAUGAAGUACAAGAAAUUUCUUUCAAUAACCAAAAUAAUGAAGAAGAACUAGUUGAAGAGAAAUUUGAAAGAUUUCAAUCACCUUAUAAUAAUAAUAAUAUUAAUCAACAUUCUCAACGAAUUCAUCAGUCUCAUUCUAUUUUAAAUAAUAAUAAAGUUACCAAUUCACAUCUUUAUCAACAUCAUCAACAUCAUCAUCAGCAUCAUCAUCAUCAACAACAUCAUCAUCAUGCAGUAUGGAAAGGUAGACAACAUAAAUAUCAUGAAACAUGUAUAAAAUUAAUAUAUUUAACAUGUGCUACAAUUAUUACAACAUGUUUUAUCAUUGAAUGUAUAUUAAUACAUUUAGUUAUAUUACCAUGUCGUCAUGAAUCGGGAUUUUUACCAACGAAUUGUACUUAUAUUGAAUCAAAAUUAAUAUCAUCAUCUGUUAAAUGUGAAAAUAAAUGUUCAAAAGAUCGUUCAAGUUUUCAAUGUAUACGUAUAUUAAUUAAAUAUUCUAGAUUAAAAGAAAAUUUUACAGCAAGUUUAUAUGAUAAUAUAGCAACAUAUCAAUAUUAUCAUUCACUUGGUUGUGCUACCAGUUCAUGUCAUCGUCAGAAUUCAGCAAACCAUGAAUGGGUACAAAAUUUUUGUCAAUUAAUUAAAAAUACUGUACAAUUUACAUGUUAUGUACAUGAAGAUCAUAUUAAUGAAGCUUUAUUACAUAAAUUCUAUGGACCAUCAACAAUGUUUGAUACAUUAUUUUGGCCAUUAACAUUAUUAUUUGUCUCGAGUUUAUGCUUAAUUAUUACAUGGUCUUUUGAUAAAUGUCAUGUAUGGCAUGAUGAAAAAACAAUAAUUGCAUAAUAUUAAAUAUUGACUUUACAUAAUCAAAACUGACGGUAGUGUUAUAAUGAACGAAUAUUCAAGGUGAAGAAGACCAAUUCAUUUCCAAAAUGCGAAAUCAUACAUCUUUGAAUGAUCUGUUACAAGACUUAUUGUUCUUUCAUUUCUGUUGUUAUGACGGUUGCUUUUUAGUUUCCUUCUCCCUUCUUUUCAUUGCAAUUUUUAUCAACUUUCUACUAUCAGGUUUUCUAAUUUUGACUGGUUUUGCAUACUACUUAUAUCCAUAAACAUAAGUAGCAUACACUACAGUAUAUAUUGUAAAUAAUAAUCAUUACUAAACUAAUAGUUAUAUAGUCUUAAUUAAAUAGCCUAAGGGAAAUCAAUGAACGUUUUCAUUCAACUACAGAAUAGAAUAGAUAGAAACAACUAAAUGAAACCUCUUGAUUUCAUACGAAAAGUAUUGUUACAUUAUCAUUUUAGGAUGGGAAAAAAAGAACACAACUGAAUUUGUCAGAUAUUUUUGAUUUAUUUUACAUUGGUUAAGAUGUCUUCUAUUUCAUAGAAUAAAUAUUUGUAGAAUAAA